UUUUACACGAAUCAUGAAUGCUGCACACAAUUUGAAAUGUGUGCAUGGGCUGGCUGAGAUCACAGAGUUGCUGCUUGUCCUACAUCAAGAAACACCAGACCUGUCCAUUAACGUUCAGAUUAAGUCAUCAACUGAACAUCAUUUUGACAAUCUGAUUUUCCUCAUCAAACUCAUCUGCAGUAGACAUUUCUGCAUUGAAACCCUCUUUUCAAGUUAUGGAAAUUAUCUUCAGACUUUUGCAAGCCUUGUCGUCGAAAUGCAAUCCCUAGAGAAUGAGAGCCAUUUAAGUUUAAGUUACAGUGAAGAUGGCACCCUGACAAGGAGAAGUUAUUUCUUGAUGUCUGAAAAUGAUGGUUAUGGAUUGAAAUGUACUAAGAGCAAGACAAAACCAAAUAUGAAAAGAACAUCUGGCACAGUACUACACAUCAGGGUAUUUCAAAGUAAGGGUGCCAUGAUGUUGCAAGCAAAAAAACUUUACCAUUACAUGAAACAAAUAAGUCUAUGUUCUAAGGCAUCCUUUGGAUUAUCUCUCACAGUUCACGAAAAUGACUGCAUCUUUGACAUAAGGCAGAAUAUGAUUGAAGAUCUUCCAGAGAAGGGAUAUUCUUUAUCAAAAGACACAGUUUAUAUACUAAAAGAUACACAAUAUGUCCCAUCAUCUUUGUCUCCCAGUAUUGUAAGUGGUAACAUGGAGGAUCUUCCUAACCUUCUUGAUGAGCCAGAUAUGACUUUCCAACUUUACAUAUCUGGAUUUAAGACAGUGUGUUACAGUGAAACAAACACACCCUCUCUAGUGAUGCUUUCUUGGUAUGGUCCUGGAAAUAUACCACUGUACGACACUGGGGAUGCAAUUAAUCCGAUGAAAGUUUUGAGCCUUGUAAAGUGGACAAAGUAUGGAAUACAUCCAGUAGCGGAAAACUCAAUACAGUCUAAAACUCACCUUCAGUGCCAUGAAUUUUUACCUGUGAGAGCCAUAAGGGAACAAUCCUGUUUUGUUUUGUCACUUUAUGGUUUUAUGGAUGUUAAAAACCUCUGCAGUUCUGAAAGGAAAAUGGAUGCUGUUUUUUGGUUGAGAAAGAAUAGUGUGAAGUGGAUGAAAAUCUAUGAAGAAAAGAUAAAAGCCUCCUUGGAAUUUGUAAUUGAUAAAAUUGUUACCCCUGUCAGAUCUGCAGAUGACGAAAAGACAACCUUGCUGUACAGCCAAGCCAUUUCAAACAUCUCAAAGUCCAUAUCUAAUGUUGUGCUGAGAUCAUCUUGUGAACAGUUCCGCAGAAAGUGCUAUCAACUGCUAGAGGUUGAAGAAGAUGGGUCUGUACAAGUGUCCCUGAGUAAAAAGCUUUGGAACAUCUCUGAGUCAUUUGGAAUUUUUCAACCAAUAGAGACAAUGGAAUCUGAGAGUUGUGGUCCUCAAAGAACUGUGUUAGAUCCUGCAAGCAAAUCAGAAUUUAGAAACUCUGAAACUGAUCCUUCAGGAGACAAUGACUUUAUACAAGUUCAUGAGGAUGACUUAGAGAGAUUAAACUGGUUUCCAGAACUAAGGGAGGCUACUGCGACUACCACAGAUAUUCUGGUCUCCACAACAGCAGAUUCUUUUGAGGGAGCACAAAUGUCCAAAUCCAUGAAUAAGAUUCUGAGGGAUCAAGAAGCCAGCAGAGCUGGUAGGAAGCCUCAGGUUGAUGUUAAAGACAACAAUGAAACCAAUAAUAAUGGUGCAUUUGAAGAGGAUGUAAAAUAUCCUAAACAGGACCUUGUUAAAAAAGUUAAUUUCUGCAGUGUGCAGUGCUCAAAAGAGAAUCAAUCCAUUCUUCAAGAUGAGAAUUCUAUUUCGUCCAUGUAUGCUUAUCUAUCACCUAUUCAAAAUGAAGAAUCACCUAUUCAAAAUGAAGAAUCACCUAGUCAAAGUGACAAAUACUUGUACAGUCAACCUGAAAAUAUGAAUAUGGAAGAUCAUUUCCACACAGUAAUGGAGGCGGAGGAAGAGUGGAAUAUUGCUGGGGUGGAUGAUGAAUUGAGGAUGUGUGCUUAUGUUGAAGAACAGACUCUGAGUAACAUACCAUUGGGUUCAGAUUUUAGAAUAGUGAACAGCCUACAGCAACAGCAGCAUACACCUACAGAAACCAGUGGAAUCUCAGAAAUUUUAGAAAAGGAAAGCAAAAACGAGAACUUAGUUGAUUGGCUGGAUGAAGCACUCCUAGAGAUGAAGAACUGGUUUAAUGAUGAAUGACUAUAUAUUACAUUUAUCAUGACAAUAUCAAAUUAUCAAAAAA